AUGCUGCCGCUGUGCUUGUCGUCGUCGACCCGCCACUUGGAGCGGCAAAGGCGGAUCGCAGAGGCGCUGGCGGCGCCCAAGGCGACGGAGGCCUUUGCCGCGCUGGCGCCGACCCGACCGCCGUUGCCGUAUCGACCGCCCGAGGAUGCACCAGUCCCAGCCUCGCCCGAGGCCAUCCUGCCGACGGCGCUGCUCUCACACAUCACGACGGGGACGCCUGCUGUUGUAGCAGUCUUUCUGCCGUACGAGUUGGCGCAGGACGCCGAGGCUGCAGGCGCAAUUGUGCACGACGUGACGGCGGCGGCCAAGGCGACGUCGACCAAGGUUGUGGCGGUCCUGGUCCAGGAGAUGGAGCCCGACUCGUCUGAGUCGCAAAAGGAGGUGUUGGCGGCGAUCCGGGCGGCGACGUCGCUGGCGUCGAAGCGGAUCUUUGUGGUCUCGGCCGGCGGCGACGACGUGUCGGCCAUGGCCAAGCUCGGCAAGGCGCUGACUGACCUUGCGGCGUCGUACUACCAGGAUGAGGCGCGUCGGAUCCGGCGCGAGAAGGAGGCGCUUGACAAGACGAGCCAACAGCCCGACAUUGUGCGGGCGUACCUGACGAUGGCGCUUCUCCGCGAGCUGCAGGGCGAGGUGGCCGGCGUCGGUGGCGGCUCGUCGGCGCUCAAGUACUACAAGUCGGCGUACUCGUUCCUUCGCGAAGUGCAGCCGGUCUCGCCACCACAUGCGCUGCAGGUCCUCUGCGUGGCAGAGCUGGUGCACUUUAAGAUCCUUGGGGCGUACUUUGCGGCCGACGACGGAGGCGAGGUCGUGGCUCAGUUCAAGGGCCACAUGGCAGUUUUUGACCGCGGGCUGGCAGCAACAUGGCUAGCGCCGUCGCACCUCGCGUACGCAGGUCACGCUUGGGUUGCUCGUCAGUACCACGUCCUCGCUGCUCUGGUGGAGAGGUACGGAGUGCCCGGCGUGUCGUCGCUCUCCAAGCCGCAUCCGCUCCUUGUUCCCGGAUACUGCUACCAGCAGGCAGCGGCGGCGACGUCGCGGCGGGCGGCGUCGCAGCUGGCGACCGGCGUUGUAUCUGCAAUGGAAGACCGAAUUGCGGCACACGCGCCUGCACAGGAGCCGGCAGCGCUGCUCUUCUCGGGCCUCGGCGCCAUCGGCUUGCUUCCAUCCGAGGAGACCCAGGCUACUCUGGCGGCGCUGGAGGCGACGGUCGAUGUUCACGCGCUGGUCCUUCGGUUCCUCACGCUUGCGCACGACUACUACAACGCCGAACGACCCCGCGCGGCACGGACGUUGGCGCGGAUUGGUCGGCUGAUGGCGGAGGCCCACUACGACGCCGGCAACUAUGACAAGGCACUGGUCUUCUACCAGCGGCUGUACCCGGUCUUUGCCGGUGAAGCCUGGCACGCCAUCACGGUCGACAUGCUGCGCAAGAUGGUGGUGGCAGCGACGGCGUCUGGCGCACUGACUCCCAGUCUCGAGUACGCGCUGCGACUGGCACUGGCAACGAGCGCGCCGCUGGAGGUCCGAGCCGAAGCGCUGACGCGGAUCCACGCUGCGGUCGGUGCGGCAGCGCCGGCUGACAUCGACGUCCUGCCCGUACCUGUUACAGGCUCGGGAGGCGGAGAUGGAGUGGUUCUUGACCUGACCGAGCUGAGCAUUCCGGCGUUUGAGCUCUCGGCAGCGUUUGGCGCUUCGACAGCCCUCAUCGGAACCGAGCUCCGUGUUGCCAUCCUGCUCCGGGCACUCACGCCUGCGCCACUCAUUGUGAACAAGGUGACGGCUGCGGUGAGUGGCGGUGGCGGGUGCUCGCUGACGUUUGACGUUCCGUCGGGCCUCCUCGACUCGGCACGGGUUGUCCGGCUCGAGACGAGCUUUGUGCCGACAGCGCCGGGCAAGCUGACGGUGACCGAGCUCGCGUUUGACGUCGGGCCGACGCCCAACGCGCUCGUCCUGCGCGUUGGGAAGGUGCCGAUUGCGCCCGUCGAUGUCGAGCACCCCCCGCCGGCGCUCGACAUUGUGGUGAUGCACGCGCCGCCAGCGCUCAUCGGCGAGCGGUACCCGGUUCGGGUGACACUGACGGCCCGGGAGGCAGUGACCGGUGGCGCGCUCCGGGUGGAGCCUGUCGACGCGUCGCGAGCGAUUGGCGUUGCGCUGGCGCUGGAGGACGCAGAGCACAGUGUCGGCGCGAUGCAGGCCGACGAGUGCGCCGACGCCGAAGUUGUGCUGGUGUCUGGGCCGGCACCUGUCGGCAGCAGUCUCGGCAACGGCGGGGCGGCGGCCUCGAUGAUGUCGAUGACGUCGCUGGAGGCGUCGGGUGCGGCGGAGAUUGCGCUCCGGGCGGUGAUCGAAGUUGCGGACGGAGUGCGCAAGGCGCACCUGUUUGUGGUUCCGCUCUGCGAGCCGUUUGUACCACACUUUGAGCUCAACCCGCUGCCGUGGGUUGUCGGCGAGGUUGCGUAUCUCAUGCUCCGGCUCGAGUACUCGGCGGCGCACGAUGUGGUGGUGGAAGGCGCCACUGUGUCGAUCUCGGGAGAGAAGGGCGGAGGCGCACACGCGGCAGACGUGGUGGUGGUCUCGGAGCACGCGCCGGCAACGGCGCUAGCGCAGGGCGAGUCGUGGAACGCUGUGUUUGCGGUCAAGGCGCGGAGCGUGGGCAAGUGGCGCGGGGCCGUGGUGUCUGUGACUUGGCGGCGGGCUGAGAGCGAGAGUGAGGCGGUGACCUCUGUCUUUAACGUGCCCGAGUACAUCGUGCGCUCCGUGCCGCUCCGUGCCGUCCUUCACGCGCCGCGGCGGUGCAAGGUCGGCGAGCCGUUUCCCGUCGAGCUGGACAUUGUCAACGAUCGCAGUGUGCCCGUCGAGGUGACGCUGAAGGUCUCGGGCGGCCCGUCAUUUGUGUUUGGCGGCGACCGCAAGGCGACGCUGCAUGUGCUGGGCUCGGAGACCCGGUCUGUGCGUUGGGCGGUGGUCGGCGUCCGCGAGGAUGUUGCAGGCGCGCUGAUGGACAUCGAGGUUGUCGAAGGCAUGGUCGGUGGCGCCGGCGCGUCAGCGAGGGCGUGGCGCAUCCCAGUGGUGCGAUCCGGUGGUGGCGAGUGUCGGGUCGAGGUGAGGCGGUGAAAGAGAGGAAACACGUGUGUUUAGCC